GUGAUCUGAACGCAGGAGGAGGACACGCAGUUCGCUUCAGGAUGAGAGGAUCCAGAGAGUUUUUAUGAACCUCCUGUGGAUUUACAGAAGCAUGGAGAUGAUCCGAGUUCUGCUGGUUCUGCUGGUUCUGGGGUCGGCGGAGGGCAGGAGGGUUCGGGGUCAGCGGACUCAGACACCCGAGAGCUUUCCUCUGGACUUCACAGCUGUGGAGGGAAACAUGGAGAGCUUCAUGACUCAAGUGAAGAACUUGGCUCAGUCCCUGUAUCCCUGCUCGACUCAGAAACUGGACCAGGAGAUGAAGCUUCAGUUCCUGAGGAACUCAUCGGUCACCUGUAAUGACGGUUCACCUGCUGGCUACUACAUAAAGGAGUCACGAGGCAGCAGGCGAUGGCUGAUGUUCCUGGAGGGUGGCUGGUACUGCUUCAGUAAACACACCUGCGACAGCAGAUACGAGACCAUGAGGCGACUCAUGAGCUCCAGCAAAUGGCCUCCCACCAGGACAGGAACAGGGAUCCUGUCGUCUCAGCCUGAGGAGAAUCCACACUGGUGGAACGCAAACACAGUGUUUGUGCCGUACUGCUCCAGUGAUGUUUGGAGCGGCUCCACAGCGAAGACAGACCAGAAUGACUAUGCAUUCAUGGGUUCUCCGAUCAUUGAGGAGGUCGUUAAGGAGCUGGUGACUAAAGGUCUGGACGGUGCUAAAGUGCUGCUGCUAGCCGGGAGCAGCGCCGGCGGUACCGGAGUGCUGCUGAAUGUGGACCGUGUGUCGGAGCUGCUGGAGGAUCUGGGUCUCGGUUCGGUUCAGGUUCGGGGUCUGGUGGACUCGGGCUGGUUUCUGGAUCAUAAACAGUACCGCUUCACCGACUGCAUCGACACGAUCAGCUGUGCUCCGACCGAGGCCAUCAAGAGAGGAGUGCGAUAUUGGAACAGCGUGGUUCCGGAGCGCUGCAGUCGUGUGUAUAACGGCGAGGACUGGAACUGCUUCUUUGGCUAUAAGGUUCAGCCCACACUGAAGAGGCCGGUGUUUGUGGUUCAGUGGUUGUUCGAUGAGGCUCAGCUGAUGGUUGAUAAUGUCCAUCUGACGGGUCAGCCGGUGCAGGAGGGUCAGUGGAGAUACAUCCAGAACCUGGGCAGCGAACUCAGAAACACCCUCAAAAACGUCCCGGCCAUGUUCGCUCCCGCCUGUUUGUCUCAUGAGAUCAUCACAAGAAGUUAUUGGAUGGACAUCCACGUCAAAGGUACCUCACUUCCUCGAGCGCUGCAGUGCUGGGACCGCAGCCUCCGUCACCACGGCAACAGCAGCAGCAUUCAGGCUCCGCCCCGGGGCUGCCCCCUUCACUUGAUUGACAGCUGCCCGUGGCCCCACUGCAACCCCACCUGCCCCACCAUCCGAGAGCAGCUGACGGGGCAAGAGAUGACCGUCAUCCAGUUCCUCACGCACCUGGGCUUCGACGUGCAGCGCGUGGCACAGCAGCAGGGCAUGGAGCCCCACAAACUACUGGGCAUGCUCAGUAACGGCACCUGACUGCGUUUGCUCCGGCUCCGUCCCAAAUGGAGCAGCUGAUGUGGAUAGAAUGACUGAUGAUCAGUGAGGGUGGCCAUUUCUAUAGCACCAAAAAUGAGGAUUCAGUGAAGCUAAAAAUAAUCCCAAAUCUAUAAGUACCGACAGAAUUUUUCCAUUGAGGGACAAUAUUACUUUUAUAAGGGCAAGGUUUAUAACCUUUUUUAUAAAAUUAGGCAUUUAGUAUAUGUUUUAUUCGUACUAUUUUUAGAAUAUGGCAGAAAUAGUAAGAGUUUCAUGAUAGUAGUACCUGGUUCCGAAUACAGCAACUUGAGCCAUUGAAUCAUUGACAACAGUUUUGUUGGAAAAAGCUGAUUUGUUUGGGAAUGGAGCAACUGCCUGGCUUUAUGAAUGAGUCAUUGAAUUAUUGACUUAACUGAUUCAUUUAAAACGGCUGGUUCAUUCAGCAACAAAGCAACUGACUGUCUUUAUAAAUGAGUCAUUGAAUCGUUGAUUCAACCGAUUCAUUCAAAACGGCUGGUUCAUUCGGCAAUGAAGCAAGUGACUUGCUGAAUUCAGAAACGCAUACUAGUAUACUACUCUUACUAAUUUUAGGAUAUCUUUGCAUGGCAGAAAUAGUGAGAGUUGUAUGUUAGUAGUACAUGGUUCUGAAUACAGCAACUGUCCUUAUGAAUGGAUCAUUGAAUCAAUAACACAACAAUUCAU